CCAUUAACAUUUUAUAACAAUAUGACAGUAUAAAAUACUGUUUUGUUUUUUAUUGUUUCUAGACCACAGUAAAAGCAAAUUCCCAUAUGUUUUGUUACCAUUUGUCACAACACUGGUGUACAUCAUGAUUAAUGACGUCAGUGUAAAUCCGUCUCAGCGGUUGUCGAAGCCGCUAACGUCAAACAACUUCAGCUAAAACACGGUUCGGUGUUGUUUCUCCUGGAAAAAAGUACACCCGAGCUAUAGAGCUGUGAUUGCUGCCAACGUAUCUGAGCGCCUAGACCUCCAGCCAGUAUGUCCAGUGACCCUCCCCCUCCGUACCCCGGAGGUCCCAGUGCCCCUCCCAUUGAGGAAAAGAAUGGACAACCAGUGAGAACUACUCAGCCACAAGGACAGCCCUUACUUCCAGAUUAUGGCCCUCCCCCCUAUGAAGGUCCACAUCCAGGCUUCCUACCUCCACAUGUCCCAGGAGAAGGACCUAUGGCUAUGCCUCCACCAAUGCAAGGUUUCGCCUAUCCACCACCUCCAGGUCACUUUGCUCAUCCAAUGCCUCUACCAAUACAAGGUAGCCCAUUCCCACCACCGCCAGGUCACUUCGCUCAGCCAAUGCCUGGACAGAUGGGUCCUGGUCCCAGUCACUUUGUCCACAUGGGAGGUCACACAGCGACCGUCCUGGCUCCUCCGGGGGCAGCCACCACAGUGACAGUACUGCAAGGCGAAAUGUUUCAGACCUCACCGGUGCAGACCGUGUGUCCGCACUGUCAGCAGGCGAUCAUCACUCACAUCUCUCAUGAUGUCGGGCUGAUGAACACACUCUUCUGCCUCUUCUGUUUCUUUGUAGGAUGUGAUCUCGGCUGCUGCUUGAUUCCCUGUCUGAUUGAUGACCUCAAGGAUGUGACACACACCUGCCCUAACUGUAAGGGCUACAUCUACACAUACAAACGCAUCUGUUAACCACCGACAGCUUUUUGCCACAGAACCAUGUACAUGAACACACUCACAGCUCCCCCUGCUGGUGGUGAUAGCAGACCCCACUACCAACCCAUUUUUGCAUACUGUUGUCGCUGUCUUAUAUCAUAAGUGAAGUUUUCUCAUAAGCUCACCAGAUAUCUACUGUGAAUAUCUUUCGCAUUCUUCAGAAUUUGAAAUGUACAAAACUUAUAAACUGCAAAUGAUGAAGGGCGCUAAAAGAACUAAGAACUGACAGGCUGCAGUCGUGCAGAAACAGCUGGGAGCCUAGACGUUUUAGUCUUUUGCAUGUCAACGUGAAGGAAAAAAGAAAGGUAACAUUUAGAAAAUGUGUACUUUAUUUGAGUUCAUUUGAAAAUGUUAUGAGUUUUUGUGUUGGUUUUUCUUUUGGGUCUCAUCUUAGAAAAGUCAUCCAUGUAAGUUCUUGUCUCUGGAUCAUCUUUAAACUGAUGCAUUUAUGGUACAAGCUGUAUUUAUUUUUGUAAAGUCACAAUGACUCAGUGACUUGCUGCUACUAGCUCUCUGUCCAUGAUGUGUUUAGUUUUGAUAAAUUUAACAUUUGCACUUUUAUUUUAAAUCCUCUGUUGGCCCCUUUUAUCGUGAAUAUAUGAUAAUGAAUAAAAGCAACGUUGUUUGGCUUUUAGCUGAGUAAAUCAGACUGUACAUGCAGUGAAAACAUGUUAAUAUUUAUUUUGUCACUGAUAAAAGAACUGCAUGAUAUCUUA